AUGGAAGAAUCCAUGCUGAUCGAGUUAGCGGUUUGCUUUGCAAUUUUUGUUUGUUUUUGUGUUUCAAAAAUUGUUUAUUCGGUUUAUUUGAAGCCAAAAAGAUUAGAGAAGUUAUUGAGGCAGCAGGGGAUUAAAGGAACAUCGUACAAGCUUGUCCAAGGAGAUAACCUGGUCAUGCAAGAGAUGGCCAAUGAAGCAUUGUCCAAGCCCAUCUCCUUAAACCACAAGAUCGCUCCACGUGUCAAUCCCUUCAUUGAUCACAUGGUGAAAAAAUAUGGUUUGUACAUGUCUCUUGAUCCAUCUUUUCUUUUCACUUCAGUUGCAAAUUUAUUAUUCGUUUAUAAUUCCUCUAAUGGCAUACUUGGUGUAUUACAAAGAAAUAUGUGUUUCAGUUGGAGUGGAACAAGGCCAAGGUUGAUAAUAGCAGAGGCAGAGCUGAUGAAGAUGAUAUUGAAUGACAAGAAUGGCCAUAUCCAGAAGCUACCACAGAAUCCACUUGUGGAUCUUUUGACUAAAGGAGUUUUAACCUUCGAAGGACAAAAAUGGGGAAAACGUCGGAGAUUAAUCAAUCCAGCAUUUCAUCAUCAAAAAUUACUGGGCAUGGUACCAGAAUUUAUAGCAAGUUGUCGCAAGCGGAUGGAUCACUGGAAGAGAUUGGUUGCUGCUUCAGAUGAAGGGACUGAAAUUGAUGUUAGUUCUGAGCUGCGUAAUCUCUCAGCCGACGUAAUUGCCAAAACGGCAUUUGGAAGCAGCUACGAAGAAGGCCAAAAAAUCUUUGAGCUUCAACAAGAACAAGCAUUCUUGAUUAAUGAAGCCUUUAAUUCCUUAUACUUCCCUGGACUUCGAUUUAUACCAACCAAGAAGAACAGAAGGAGAUACGAGGUAGACAAGGAGAUCAAAAACAUGUUACGAGAGAUUAUUAACAAGAAGCAAAGAGCAAUUCUGGAUGGAGAAUCGUCCGGCGAUACUGAUUUACUUGGAUUGCUGCUACAAUGCAAAGAAGAAAAGGGCAAUGAUAUGACAAUAGAUGAUGUGAUAGAGGAGUGUAAACUGUUCUACUUUGCUGGCCAUGAAACUACUGCAAACUGGCUCACUUGGACUCUGUUCUGCUUAGCUCUGCAUCCAGAAUGGCAAGAAAAAGCCAGGCAAGAAGUUCAUCAGAUUUGCGGGGAUAAAACGCCAGAUGCCGAUGUCUUGAACCAGCUAAAAAUCGUGACAAUGGUGUUGAAUGAAGUCCUGAGAUUAUACCCCCCAGUGAUCAACCUGUGGCGAUUCACGGCCGGAAGAACCCGAAUAGGCAACAUGUCCGUUCCUGCAGGGGUGGAACUUAAUCUACCAACUGUGUUAUUGCAUCAUUCAUCUGAAUAUUGGGGUGAUGAUGCUCAAGAAUUCAAACCAGAAAGGUUUGCUGAGGGAGUUUCAAAGGCAACAAUUAAAGAUCAAGCAACAGCGUUCUAUCCCUUUGGGUGGGGAUCAAGAAUUUGCAUAGGCCAAAAUUUUGCAGUUAUAGAAGCCAAGUUGGCACUAUCCAUGAUUCUGCAGAAUUUCUCAUUCAAACUCUCACCUUCCUACGUUCAUGCUCCUCACAGUGUCAUCACCCUUCAGCCACAACAUGGAGCUCCUCUUAUUUUUCAAUCUGUUUAAGCGUACAUAUAUAAAUCCUGAAAUCCCAAUAUUUUAUAUGUUGUAGAAAUGCCAAUAAUUGUUGGAGUACACCUCCAGUGUUUGAGGAUGUUAUCAAUUAAAACUUCAGUGUUUUUCUUUUUAUAUUCUUCCAUAAAAUAUUUGUAAUUUUUUAAUGUAAUGGUGCUGAAAUAAGAACACGCUGCCAAUCAGCCAAUUCUUUUGCAAUUAAUCAUGCUAUGAAAUGUGAUUUCU